GCCCGACUUAACGCCAUGGGCGGGCCGCUGGCGAGGUGCGCGCGCCCCCGGCCAGUGCCUCGCGCGGGGGGCAGCGGCCAGGGCCGCCCCGCGGCGGGGGGCGGUGCCCGCAGCUGAGCCGGAGGCGUCGGCAUAUCUGCUCGCAGCGGAGGGGGUUCGAGCCACAAUCUUGCCAAUCGCAAAGGCGGUCGAGGCGGCUUCCAACUCCAGAGGCAGCGGGUUGGUGCCCUUUCUGCAGAUGCUUCUGGGGAGCAAUGUUUUUCCUGGCGAUGUGGACCGUGAUUAUUCGAGCCAUGAAGGCGGCUCGAGGUGCAUCAUUCGGAUCAACGUGUUGGAAGUCGGGUGCCCGCUCUCGUUCGUCGGAGUGGGGGUAGAUGACGCGGGGUCGGCUCACGCUGCGGCGCAACAGGCAUGCGACGCUUUGCCAGCAUACCUGAAGCGCUUGCCACUGGACGGACAGAAAGAGAUUGUGCGGAGAAGUCAGGAGCGCAAGGAGGCGCAGCGCGCGAAGGCGAAGUUGGAGAAGCUCGUGGAGGCCAGCGUCUUCGGGGGGGUCAUGCCAAAAGGAGUCUUGCGUUAUGCGUUGACUGGCGACGGCGCAUGCGCUGUGCAGCUUGACCUGCCGGAGCAAGACGUUCCACUCGAGUUCGUUGGCCAGGGCUCCGGCAAAGUGAGCGCCAUGCAUGCUGCGAUCAGGGCCGCCUUGGAUGGGCUGCAGGCGCAACUGGAAGCGCAGCCGCCAGAGGUACAACAGAAAAUUGCGCAUAGAAAACAAGAUCACAGCAAGGCGCUCCGGGCGAAGGACGACUUCGAGAAGUCGGUUCAAGCUCAACUGGGUUGUUUGCGAAAGGGCACCUUAAGAUAUACCUAUCCCGCCGACGACACGUGCGUUGUACAGCUUGACUUACUGGGCAAAGGGGCCACACUCGAGUUCUUGGGCCAGGGCUCCGGCAAAGUGAGCGCCAUGCACGCUGCGAUCAGGGCCGCCGCGGACGGGCUGCAGGCGCAACUGCAAGCGUUGCCGCCAGAGGUUCUGCAGGCGAUAUCCAAGGAGUUUCCGCAGUUCUUGGGGCAACCAUCCACUAAGUCGGGUCGGCCAGUUUCAGCAGCUAAGCGGCCGCACACCCCAGGCAGCGCAGCGCGUGAACCCAGCAAGGCAGCCGAGGCAGCCCACCACCUAGAGCAGCCCACGUCGGCCGAUAGGCCCAGGGAGUUCCCGAGGGCCCCCGAGGCGGCGGGCCUUUCGGAGGGGGAGGCAGCGCAGCUCAUGAGCUUGAUGAUCCGCAUAAGUCAGAGCAGGUCGCCGGAGUGGGCGAGGACGUGGAGGCAGUAUUGCGACGCGAGAGGGGGCCGCGCGCCAGUCUACGACCCGGCACGGCACGACUUCAGGUUCCUGGAAGGGUUCUUUGACUACGCAGGAGCGAUGGCGCAGCGAAGCGGUGAAUUGAUUGAAGAAGAAGCAACAUGA